UGUGCGCGCGCGCAUCCAAGUCAAAGCGUCCUAGCGGUCAACACCAGUGUUCAGUGACCGCGCAUUGAUGCGCGCGGCACUUCUUGGAGGGAUUAACGGCAGCGAGGACUGAAGAGGGGAUUACUUCCGUCCGAAAUUAGCUACACUCAGGUCAUGGAUCUGUGUGGAGCUAAGGUGACGCAGGUCCUGGGGCCCUGUGCGUACUCAGAGGCUCCUGAUGGAGGCUGGGGCUGGGUGGUCGCUGCAGCCUUUUUCAUCGUGGAGGUCUUCACUUAUGGCUUCAUCAAGAGCUUCGGCAUUUUCCUAGAGGAUGUGAUGGAUGAGUUUGAGGAGAGCAACAGUCGAGUCUCCUGGGUUGUCUCCAUCUGUGUGUUUGUCAUGACCUUCAACGGUCCUCUCUCCUCGGUGAUGACCAACCGUUUUGGCUUCCAGAUUGUUGUGAUGAUUGGAGGAUUGCUUAUUUCCACUGGAACGAUUGCCACCAGCUUUACAAGCUCUGUCAAUCAAAUGUACAUCACCUAUGGAUUAGUAGCAGGCCUUGGCUACUGUCUGACCUUCCUGCCCACCGUGACCAUCCUCUCUAAGUACUUCACCAGGAGGCGGUCUCUGGUCACAGCUGUGGCUUCAACUGGGGAGUCCUUUGCCAUGUUCGCCUUGGCCCCAGCAUUUUCUGCACUAAGAGAUCUCAUUGGCUGGCGGCACACCAUGGCAGUGAUUGGAGCGUUGCAAAGCAUCGUCAUCAUCUGCGGUGCUCUUCUUCGACCUAUCAUCAUUAAACCCAACGCGAGCCAAGACACAGAAACUGACACUUUGUCCUCCAAAAUGCUAAAAGCACUGGGGCCACAGGAGGAUGCAGAACAUGUAAUGUUGGAGAACUCCGUGACAAGAAAUAAGGAGCUAACAGCAGCGUCAGGAGUCCAGUCAGAUAAGGACAGCAGCACCACAGGGGGGCACACUUCUCCACACAAAGACCCAACAGAAUCCAGGUGUUUGGAAAGAAGCCAGGUUCAUGUUAAAGAAUUAGAGAAAACAGGCAGAGAUGCCGAGGAGCAGUUAGAGAAAGAUGGUGACCAAAAGCUAUCUGUAAAGAAUCCUCUGCUAGACUUCUCCAUCCUUCGAGAGUGCAGCUUCAUAUUCUACUCUCUGUUCGGACUGUUUGCCACUCUGGGCUUCUUUGCCCCUCAACUCUACAUCAUCAGGCUGAGCAUGAGUCGUGGCGUGAAGCGGGAACAAGCCACCUACAUGCUGCCCACCAUGGCCGUGGCUGAGAUCUUGGGCCGAUUCUCCAUCGGAUGGGUGCUGACAAGGAAGCCGUUCAGGAGGAGGAAGCUCCUGGUUCUUCUGGCGUGUGUCGUCAUCAUGACGAUGGAUCUGGUCCUGGACGUGGUUGCCCCUCUCAAACUGUGCAAGUCUCGGCCUAGGAGGGAGCCAUGGCUCUCUGAUGUCACACGGGCUUGCAGGCGGGCGUGUAGAUCCUCGGAGAGAAAGUGGAAAAAGGAUGGCCUACAGGUCUCCCGUGAGUUGUUCAGAGCAUCUCUGGUUGCUUAUCAGGAUGCAGUGAAGGCCGCCAGAAUGGCCUAUUUUGCAGACAUCAUUGAGACAAACUCCAAUAAUCCUAAGAUUCUCUACAAAACGCUAAACUCUGUUCUGGUGUAUCAGGAGCCUAGCUCCAUGUCUCCUACAGCUGCUGGAAACUCUGAAGCUUUUCACAAAUUCUUUGUUGAUAAAGUGUCGGGCAUUAGAGCAGUCAUUUCUGGUAACUCUGUUGACCCUGUUCCAGUUCAUCCACUACCACCCACCCUGAGCUCCCUCAAUACAGUUUCAUACUCUGAGCUGAGUAAGCUAGUUGCGAGACAGAAGCCAUCAGGCUCUCCACUUGACGUUCUGCCACCUCGUCUCUGGAAGGCUGCCUUUCCGUGCCUUGGCCCUUCACUUGGUCAGAUUAUCAAUGGGAGCCUCAGCACAGGUGUUGUCCCAGCUGCUUUGAAAGCAGCAGUUAUUCGGCCGACCCUGAAGAAACCUGGUGCUGAUGUCUCUGUGAUCGAAAAUUACAGGCCUAUCUCUACCCUGCCCUUUACAUCUAAACUGCUUGAGAAAGUCGUUUAUCAGCAGCUGGUCUCACAUUUAGCGGACUCUGAUCUGUUUGAGGUUUUCCAAUCAGGGUUCAGGUCUGGCCAUAGCACAGAGUCUGCUCUACUGAGGGUCCUAAAUGACAUCUAUCUAUCACUAGAUCAGGGUACAUCUGUGCUGCUUCUGUUGUUAGACCUAACAGCAGCCUUCGACACAGUUGACCACGUGAUUCUACUCGAUCGCUUGGAACGAUGGGUUGGGAUCAAAGGGUCAGCUCUGGAUUGGUUUAGAUCGUAUCUCCAAAACAGGACAUUCUGUGUUAAACUGGGUGAUGUUUUUUCUUCUUGGGAGGGGCUCCGCUGGGGGGUCCCGCAGGGGUCGAUCCUUGGUCCUCUUUUGUUUGCCAUUUAUCUGCUACCUCUGGGGUCAAUCUUUCGUAAACAUGGCCUAUCAUUCCAUCUGUAUGCUGACGAUUGCCAGAUUUACUCUCCAUUGUGUCAGGAGAAAGGUCACUCUAUCCAGUCCUUUGUGUCCUGUGUUAAUGAGGUGAGGUCUUGGCUAAUGUCCAACUAUCUACAUCUGAAUGAGGGAAAGACAGAGCUCAUUGUUUUUCACCCCAACAGCAGGAAUGUGGAUCGUUAUGCUGAUCUUGGCCCUCUUUCUCCAUACUCAAAACCAGUUGUUAUCAGUUUGGGGGUGAAACUUGAUGUAGGACUUAAAUUUGACGCUCACAUCAAUUCUGUGAUCCGGUCCAGUUUCUUUCACCUGAGACGCCUUGCUAAAAUCAAGCCUAUGCUGUCGAGAGCCCACCUGGAGCGGGUACUGCAUGCCUUUGUUAUUUCUCGACUUGACUACUGCAACUCUCUAUAUGCAGGGUUGUGUCAGUCAACACUGCAUCGCCUACAGGUUGUGCAGAACAGCGCUGCCAGGUUCCUGACUGGGACCAGGAAACGGGACCACAUCAGUCCGGUUCUGGCCUCUCUGCACUGGCUUCCGAUUUGCUAUCGCUCACAAUUCAAAAUCCUCGUCUUUGUUUAUCAUUUCUUCCAGGGUGGUGGUCCCCCCUAUCUAGCCACGCUCCUGAACAGACAUUCCCCAUCACGCACUCUGCGCUCCUCUGACCAAGGCCUGCUCGCUGUCCCUCGGUCUAGGUGUCGUACCCGUGGGGACCGGGCUUUCUCAGUCCUAGCACCGUCACUCUGGAACCAGUUGCCACCCUCAGUUAGGCUGUCCCCUUCUCUGCCAGUCUUUAAGAAUCACCUAAAAACACACCUCCUCCGCUUGGCGUUUCCAGAACAUGUUUGAUUUUGGCCCUCUUUUAUGUUGAAUCCAUUCCACAGUUUUCAUUGGUACACUCAAUCCAUCCACUCAAUCCAAAUGUGUUUCACACAUUUGUCCUUUACCAGAAUGUUUCAUCUAUCUUGUAAUUUCCAUUUUGUAUUUUGUAAUUUGUAUUUUGUAAUUUGAAUUUCUUUUAUUGUUGAUUUAUUCAAUAUAUUUACUUAACUGUACCAUGUUCAGCGCUUUGGGCUUCCUGACAGGGUUGCGGAAGGCGCUUUAUAAAUAAAGCUUUGAUUGAUUGAUUGAUUACUACCAUACCUGAUUACUAUACCAUACCUGAUUACUACCAGACCUGGUUACUAUACCAUUCAUGAUUACUACCAGACCUGAUUACUAUACCAUACCUGAUUACUACCUGACCUGAUUACCGACAACAUAAAAUAGGCUAAAAACCAGGAAAGACAACACGUCAUUCUCUUCUAUAACAAAAACCCCCAGAAGAACGAGGCAGGAUGCAAAAGAUUGCCCCAUGGGAAAGUUAUUUCCUUACUAUCUUUUUAAAAAUAUGAAAAGUGUAUCUUAAUAUUGAACCUCUCUGCACAUUCCCAUUGGACAUCAUAAAAUUGUUUCCACCCGACAGCUAAAAGAUAACUAAUCAUUGUUU